UCAUUCGCUGUCAAACACUUAAACCGAUGAUACGCGAGUGAAGCUGCGGAUCGACACCAAAGUACGUCGUUUUAACGGGAUUGUGUUUCGUUUCGUCAGUAUUGCCUCCGUUGGUGUGAGUUUGGAUUGCUGCAGGAAUUUGCUUCCGCGCUCGCCGAAAACCCCAUCAUCGUCGUUCGCCGUGCACAUUGUUGGCUAGUGUUGUAGUUGACCGGUAAAAAUAGCGACAUUCGAAGCAGACGCGCGGUACCGGUUCAUGGUCAACUAGAUCCAGGGUGUAAGGGCAGCUUUUCAGAUUUACAGAUUUUCAUAGCUAUUUUCCGUCAAUCAAAGUGUGCGUCUUGUGAACAGUGUGUUGUGGAGCAGGCACGAGAGCUGAUUGGAAAACUUUAGCAAAUUUAGCACAAAGUUUAUCGCGGACAUAUCGCAAGGAGUAUGGAGAAAUAAAAACGAGACAUCUUCAUGCCUAGUGGCAUUCGGUUAGGAAGGCAUGCUUGACGUGCGGACCGCUGUUGGUGACUUUCGUCCUUAUCGACGUGCUGUUUCCGCAUGGUAGUCGCACGGCCGGUGUAUCAACGGUAGAGCCUCCUUAUUCGGCACUCUCACGCUUCGACCUGUGUCGACAUCGGAUCCGGUCAAUUGUGAAGUUCUCAUACCAAUAUAUUCGGUCCGAGUUCGGUAUCGAUCUUUGAACCUAGGAAAAAAAGUGGGGAAUAAUUAGCCUAAACUUUCGCAAAAGAGCUUUUUUAUUCUACUAUGAAAUCCACCGGUACGCAACGUUCUUUACUAAAGGACGAUGAUGAUGAUGAUCAUACAAUGAACCAAACCAGCGUCAAAAGUCGCGGUAGGGUAGGUUCUGCUAUCAACAAGUCAAAUGGCGAUCAGUUGUCUAUGGCCGGAUAUCAGCAGCGAGCACUUCGUAGGCCCCGCAACCAACAUUUACUGCGUCAUCGGUAUCAGGAGCAGCAGCUGGAUCAACCGUCACUACACACCGUUGCAAAGGCUAAAAUGAUGUCACGAUUUACACGCAUCCAAGUGUUAAGCAUCAUCAAAUUAGCGACCAUGGACAAGCUACGCGAAACGGGCGGAGGCGGACCGAAUGACCCGACCGCUCAGCAACGGCUGUCGACGGAAGGGGGCGCAGGAGGUGGUGGUGGUGGUGGUGGAGGGGCGGCAGCAGCAGGAGGCGGUGACGGAUGCUCCGACGAGUAUCACCAUCAGUUCUACAACACCGGCCGGAUAGGACGCCGGAAUGCACUGCCAGACAUCCUGGGGACGCAUUGUACCACGACAACGGCCGACCUGUCGACGCAACUGGGUGCUCUCUCUACCUCGGACUGUACCGGCAAAGCGUCCGACGCAAGCAGUAUAGCAGCCGGAAAUAAUGGGCAACCCCCACCGACGACAACCGCCACGUAAAGCCACCUGAUGCUGAUCGUCGGUGCGAAGGGCCCCGUAAUUGGAGGGCUGCCGCAGCCGGUGUCCAUCCCAGCAUCUGUGACAGCAUCUGUAUUCGCAAGGUGUAAGGAAAUGAGCGUCCGAUGGAAAACAUACGGCUAAGCCUUAGACCGGCUCAUACGCGGAUGGAGUAACGUUUUCAGCUUUGUUCGUGCACGUGCACGUGAGCCGAACGAAGGACAACACAUUUUGUUUGUGAGGCGUGUUUAAUUUAUUUAUUCGUUUCAGGAUGUAAUUUAAAGUUUUUUAGAGACGCUCAGACGAGAAGCACGUUUAGCAACAAAGGAAGAUGAAGAAAAAAAACUCACACACAUACACGCAAACACACAAAGAUUUAGACAACCCCAGGAGCCAAAGAAACGCUUUUCGAAGUGGACAAUUAACAGGAAGGGAGGCGUGUGAUGAUGGUACAUAUUUUUGAUAGCUAGGUAGAAGCUUUUUGCAUGCGAAUGUGGCUCAGUUUUGUAGUUAGGACUGAUGAUUUACUACGUAGCGCAAGCGAAACGGUUUGCAGUUUCCAAUCAAUGGCGGACAGCGCUAUCGGCGGGGGUAUUUAUUAACCAGAGCCAAUUCCAUGAAUGAAGCAGUGUCGUGGAGUACGAACGAUACUCUUAGACGUGUGAUCUCUUGCAAUGUUUUGUUUUUUCCUACUUCGAUUCCCUUUUUUUAUUAUCUACUGUGCGCUCAUCAUCAUACAAAAUGCAGUAUAUUUUUAGUAACGCAUUCGCAGAAUUAGAAAAAGGAAAGUAGUACAGUCCUAGCAGUAUGUGUAUAGUGUGCUUGUGUUUGUGCGUAACACCCCAAAACGCUUGCAGUUCAUUUGGUUGUGCAGUUGGAUAGCGUUUCAAACUAAAUUCUUUUACAUAUCUCGAAGCAAAAGUUUUAUGUGCAUCGACGACAAAUCCAUGUUCCUUACGUUGUUGCUUUGUCCUUUAGGGUAUUAUCUGAACCUUUUUUUUUUUUUUGUUAGGUUUAAGCGAGUGGGUCAGCAAGAGAGAUGAUCGACAAGAUCUCUUGAGUGUGAUCUAGGCUAGGGUUAGUUUACUGCUGCGCGCACCGACCGACGUAUUACAGGGAGAUAAUCCUUUAGCUAUCGAUUUAGCUUUUAGUGCUUACAGAUAUUUUUUUUAGCUUUGUAGCAUCACUCUGACAAUGUUCUCGCCGCGUGUUGAUGGAUGGAUCAGCUGUGCACGUUGCAUACAUUUGCUAGUUCCUUAAAAUGUUCUCCCUAUGGUAAACAACGAAUUUUGGCACUCGUAUCAUUCGGGAAAGUUUUAGCAAAACCUCACCUUUACAUGCUUCAUAUGUUAUUUUCCACUUUCCCUCCACGGCCGAUAAUUGGAGAGGACCGAAAGAAAGAGAGAGAGAGAGGGAGCGAAAGGUGUGUUUGGGUGUGGAGGAGGAUGCGUAUAAACCUAAGAAUAUGUCCAUGUGAUAAUUAGACCUAACGAGCAUGAAAGGAUACAAUAAGGUGUGCAAACCAAUGGCAAAUUCAUCGCUGCAAGAGAAGAUCAGUUAGUCCCACCCCAUAUCCUUCCCGAUGUUAGAAAUAUGUUGACGCUCUCUGCAAGGCUAGUUUCUUCCCAUGACUAUCGUCUACGUAACAGUCACGGUUAUUGUUUCGAUUUUCGUUCAACGGGUACGUUACGUUGCUCAGCCAUCGUUUUGAUUCGCUCUAGAGAAGUUAGUAGUGCAGCUUUGUUGAAUGUUGUAAAAUGAAUCUAUAAACGAACUGUGGCGAUUUAAUUAAAAACUUUUAAACAACACGCGUUAACAUGAACAGGAGUGUGUGGCUGUUGAGCUAGACUCCUGCCGGAUUGGGAGAAAAAUGCACGCGUUUGAAAGUAAGCAGUGAAGUGAAUGGAUAAUAAGAACAUGCUAGCCGGAAGCCAGUUCACCAAACCGUUCUAUAUGUGUCAAUUGUCGAAAUACAAAAAUAAACUAGUUGGGUGAAUUCUUGCAAGCGCGCAACACAAAUUAAGAGAGCCGCCACCGUUAGUAGUUAAAAAGCGCGUCACAGAAACGUGCAACAGGGCUACAAAAUGGCAAACAGUCUUGAUAGAAUCUUCAAUGUUGCAUGCGGCGGCAAACAAUUAUUUAAAUGAAAUUUACACAACCGACAACUAUUGAAAAGAGAUUGGGAAAUGGGAAAGCGGAGAUCGGAGUGGUGCAAAUAACCAUAAUACAUCACAUGCAAACGAGGUACAGCGAAUUCGGGGUACGAAAUUGUGUUUCAAAAUUUAAAUUAAAUCAACAGCUCGUUUCUAUAGCAGCAAUAUACGUUCAUCUGGCCGUUCCUUAUGAAUAAUAAAAAUGUACUCGUGUUUUGUGCGGUUAAUGUGUGCAGUGUGUGUGUGUGUGUUGUAUGUUGCAAGCUUGCCAAGAAACGCAAGGGAAACAAUACAUAAUAUUUCGAGGAUCCUUUUUUUGUAUACACACCGUCACACGUUGUACACAACAAAGUAAAAACAAAAGGGGGCCCCAGUUGACACCAUACCGAGAUCACGAUAACGAAUAACAGCAACAUGUAUAGAUUUUAAGCGCUGUAUUUAUGCUAAACAGAUAAAAACAUAUACAUAUUACAAUUAAUGAAUGAAUAAAUGAAUGAUGAUGCA